GAGAGAGAGAGAGCUCAUACAUGCGAGCAGGAAGUUCUCUUAUGUUUCCCCCAACAGUGUGUAAGGUGAAGGAGUAAGCUGCUCGCGCGGCUCUCACGAGACACACGGGGAAAGUUUACUUUGUAAUCACCACAGUGUGAUCUAUAACAAAGUGUGUGUGUGUGUGUGUGUGUGUGUGUGUGAGAGAGAGAGAGAGAGAGAGAGAGACAGACAGAGACAGAGAGAGGGAGAGAGAGAUAAGGCAUACAUGAGGAGUGAGGGUUUUCAGUCGAGUUCUGAGCGCGCGUGCUGUUACAGAGAGUGAGCUUUGUAACUGUAAAUACGUCUUCGUUCUAAUGUUUAUGCCUUUUUUUUGCAAUGAUCCGUGGAGUGUGUCUCAUUGGGACCUGUGGACCGUGAGAGUCGUUGUGCUUCCUGUGCAUCCGUACAUGUGUGAGUGUGUAUCCUGCCCUGAAUGAAGUGUCCGGUGUGUUGCGGUCAGCCAGUCUGAAGCCAUCUGGUACGAGGGCUCUCCUCAUGGCGGCCACGCUGUUCGCUCUUCUACUCUUCCUUUCCCGGUCUCCCCCUGUACCCUCUCGCCCAACAGUUCACCCAGGCCCACCCUCACCAUCCCGGAUGCCCCAGAACGGCACCUACCACCUGCCGGACAUCAUCAUCAUUGGGGUGCGGAAGGGUGGGACUCGGGCACUGAUCGAAAUGCUAAGUCUCCAUAGCAGCAUCACUGCAGCUGAAAAUGAAGUUCACUUCUUUGACUGGGAGUCGCACUACCAGCAGGGUUUGAGCUGGUAUGCUUCUCAGAUGCCCUACACCCAGCCUGGACAACUUACGGUGGAGAAAACUCCGGCUUACUUCACCUGUGCUAAGGUACCAGAGCGGGUUUUCCACAUGAACCCGAAUGUCCGGCUUCUCUUGAUUGUUCGGGACCCUGUGGACCGUGUAUUGUCCGACUACACUCAGGUUUUCUACAACCACUUGCAGAAACGCAAGCAGCCUCAGCCUAUAGAGGACUUGUUGCUGCUAAAGGAUGGACAUCUGAAUUUGGCUUACAAAGCCUUAAACCGAAGCUUGUACUACACGCACAUGCAACAGUGGCUAACCACAUUCCCGCGAGAAAGCUUCCACGUGGUGGAUGGGGACGCACUAAUCCGGGAGCCUCUGGAAGAGAUGCGGAAAGUGGAGAACUUCUUAGGUCUGGAGCCACAAAUUAGCGCCGAGAACUUCUACUUUAACAGGACGAAAGGUUUCUAUUGCCUGAGGGAUCACGAGGGGCGCGAACGCUGCCUGCAUAGCUCAAAAGGACGGACACACCCACAGGUAGCACCCGAAAUCCUGCAAAAACUUCGGGACUACUUUCAUGAACCCAAUAGGAAGUUCUUUGAGCUGGUGGGAAGGACGUUUGACUGGAACCAAGCUAGCGAGGACAGACAAGAAACACAAACGUUGAAAGAGGAGUGAAAUGAAAAGUUAGCAUGUGGAUUAGCAUGGAUUUUAGCGUCCCACAGUUCUUGUGGAAAAACAUUCAACUGGAACCCAGCUAGUGGAGCAAAAUGUAAUUAUACUCUAGCAACUUUAGCCUCAUGGUUUCUGCACAAUAUUAAAGGUGGUUAGAAAUCCAUCUGCAUGUGGCUUAGUGAGGAUUUCCGCAUUAUGAAGAAGCACAGGAACCUAAACCCAGUUUUCAGCUAAGACAGUUUUUUGGCAAUAAGUGAUGCCAGUAAUGAACGACUGAAAUGAAUGACGUCUUGGUCAAGUUGGCCAAUUUCAGGUAUUAAAAGGCAAAUACCAAAACCACUAUUUUAUUUAAAAAUAAGAUCUCAAAAAUAUUUUAGACCAACAGUAAACUGUUACAAUACAAGACUAUUUAUUUUGAAUAUCAUAGUUCCACAUUAACAAGCAAGCAGUAUAAUAAAGCCACAUGAAUUACCUUUAAUAGUAUGACAAGAGUUAUGCAUAUUGGGUCUCCAACUUAAUACUAAUUUUACAUAGUACUGUAAGAUUAGUACUAAUAUGUCAAGUAUGAAAGAAUAUAGUUCUUUGCACUCCUCAUAUUAUCCAAGUAUGAGAACGUAGCCUAUAUAUUUAAUCAGUGUACACUUCAGAGAUUAUAUAUGCUAUAUAAGCUAUAUUUAUAUUUUUAUACAUGCAGACAAAUUCCAGUAAAUAAACAAUGUCUUAUUUUUCUUUGUCUUCAUAAGGUUUCUAGUACACGAACGCUGAAAACGCGUUUAGUCAUUAAACACAUUAGAAGCCGAAAAGUUGCUUAUAACCAUAUUUGGAUGUUUCAUUAAUUUUUCGCUGUUGUAAAAUGCUCUAUGCAAAUGUAAUUGUGCAUGUGCCCAUCCAUCAAGUCAUGUACCGAAAAUUUAUGUUUGGCUGUAUUUUAUUUCUGUUGUGUUCGAGUGAGGCCUUUUUUAUUCAUCAUAUGAACUGCAUAAAUUGACAUCUGUCUCUUCACGUUCAUUGUUGCACUUCAUUGCUGCUUUUUUCAUUCAGUUUAAACUAAUUUAUGUGUAUACUUUGGUUGAAAAUAUAUGGUUGAAACAUCUCAA